AUGUUCGCGGAGGACUUCAUAAUUAUUGACCAGAUGCGUGCGGACGCCGUCAGCCUACAGGAGCCCCAUGAGAGUGGGAUAGUUCGGCUGGUCAUCUAUGCCGCACAGCUAAAAUGGAUUGGCGGGAAGUUUCCGAUCGAUGUUGGCGUGGAUUUCCCAUGGUACCCUGCGUUUGGAUUUAACACAGGACAGCCAGUAUCCCAAAAUAACCUCCGAUCCGAACUCGCCAAUAUACUCUUUAAUCUUGCCGCGCUCUACUCACAGCUCGCUGUUUCUUUGGGCCCAACAAAUUCGGAAAGCCUUAAAGCCGCCUGUAAAUAUUUCUGUCAGGCAGCUGGUGUUAUUGAACACCUCAGAACCGAUAUUCUACCAGAUCUACGGACUUCACCGCCAGAAGACAUGGAUGAGAUGACCUUGCGAAGUUUGGAGGAGCUAUUACUUGCUCAGGCGCAAGAGUGUUUUUGGCAGAAGGCAGUUAAGGACGGUCUUAAAGAUGCCUCAAUUGCACGUCUCGCCGCGAAGGUCUCCGACUAUUACGUCAAUGCCGGGGGUUAUGCAGUGAAAUCCAACACCAUCAGCACCGACUGGAUUCAUCAUAUGACUGCAAAGCACCAUCAUUUUGCUGCUGCUGCCCAAUAUAGACAAUCACUCGAUUGCCUAGAAAAGAGAAAAUACGGCGAGGAAGUUGCAAGAUUAAGGGAUAGCCUUUCGUGUGCCAACGAGGCGCUGAAGGAAGGAAAAUGGAUCAAUAAGGUUGUUUUGAAUGAUCUUAACGGGCUAAAGUCUCGAGUCAGCGAGGACUUGAAGAGAGCCGAAAAGGAUAACGAUAUUAUAUACCUGGACCAUGUCCCUCCAAAAUCCGAGCUUAAGCUUUUAGACCGGGCCAACAUGGUCGCCGCUAAAGCCCCUGUUGAAGUGACAGAUGGACUGUCAAUGAUCGGGGAGGGUGCACCUCUUGGGCGUGCACUCUUUGCGAAGCUAGUGCCAUAUGCUGUGCAUGUCGCUGCCAGCAUUUAUGUUGAUCGUCGAGACCGUCGCGUUAAUGAGACUAUUGGGGAGCUUGAAUCGAUGACAACGAAGCUCCGAGAUCUCUUACAAUCCUUGAACCUCCCCGGAUCGCUUCAAGCACUCGAAAAGCCCCUUGGCCUACCACCAGCUCUAGUCUCCCAUGCGGAAGAGAUUCGUCAACAAGAUGGACUAAAUCGCAUUUUUACAUCUUUGGAUGAUACCUCGAAACUCAAAGCAACUGAUAAGUCUAUUUAUACUGAGGCAGUUGAACUGUUAAAGGCGGAGAAGGACGAAGAUCAAAGGGCCCGACUAAAAUACGGCACUGAUAGAUGGAAUCGAGAGACAUCGGAGAAGGCUGCCCCUAAUCUUUAUUCGCAGACGAGUGAAAUAGAGGGCUACCUCUCGUCAGCGAAUACUAGUGAUAAUUUCAUCCAAGGAAAACUAAACGAACAUGGACGAGUGCUCCAGGUUUUGGCAGGGACUAAUAGGGAUCUAGAGGCGUUUGUACCCAGCAGUCGAAGAUCCGUGUUGUCCCCUCAAGUUGAACGUGAAAUAAGUCGGCUACGGGGUGCAUUGAACGAAGUUAGUCGACUGGAGAAUCGGCGAAAGCACCUGAUUGAAUCUCUGCGAGAGACAUCUAAAGGUGAUAAUAUCAACUCUGCACUCCUCAAGGAAACAGGGCGUCUAGAACGUGAAUUCCCCAUGCAGAAGAUCCAGCCUGGUCAAUUUGAAGGGCUGUUUGAAGAGCAUCUCCGUCGUUAUGAUAGUGAUCGCAACAUUCUUUCUGGUGAACAGAAGAAACAAGAUCAACUAGGAGAACAGCUGCGAGAGGCUAACAAGGCGUUUACAACUGCUCGAAAGGGCGACUCGUCGACCAAGGAGAGAGAGAAGGCAUUGCAGGACCUGGAGAUCGGAUAUCUGAAAUAUAAAGAGAUCAUAUCUAACAUUGACACGGGGAGGAAGUUUUAUAACGAUCUAGCUAGGAUCGUGGGACGAUUUAGAGAGGAUUGCAAGAAGUUUGUAAACCAGCGGAGGCUGGAAGCUAGUCGAAUGGAAACAGAUAUAACCAACACAUCAGCCAUGGCAGCGAUGAACAUCACGCACUCGCCCACACCACAGCAAAUACCAAGUCAACAUCAGCAUCAACAUCCACAAGCAAUCCCUCGUGCAAGAUCCCGCUCACCUCAGAAAUCAAUGUCCCCGUUUCCAAACCCCGCGGCACCACUUACAGCGCCGCAGCCUACACGAGCCAACGUCAUACCUCCACCAGCGUCCCUGCCAUCUGUAGGCGGCGGUAUCUGGUCGCCCGAGGCGGGGAUCAAGUUUGCUCCGUCGGGCCCGCCAAAUGCACAUGUUGCUCCGUAUCCGGAGUCAAGAACUAUUGUUGAACCUUCGGCAUCGGACGUUAGUAAUGCAGCUGGCGCUGGUUCUUCCGGUGCAGCAAAACCAGGACACUGGGAUCCGACGAGAGGUCUGAGGUUUUCGUAG